UGAAGGCAUCACGGAACAACAGGAAAAAAAAAGAGGAAGAGAUCCACGUCGUCGCCUCCCGCAUCUUAGUGGUCCGGUGCGGUCGAGUAAUGGUCUCGGUGUGCCCAGUCAUUCCCAGAAGCGGAUAAAGGUGACCAUAGUGGCGAGGAAACGGGAAUAAUACUUGCUUUUCGUACGGAGAGGACUGCAACAAUGGAGCUGGAAGACGGAGUAGUGUACCAGGACGACUCGGGGACAUCAGCGAUGAUGUCUGAGCGGGUGUCGGGCCUGGCUAACUCCAUUUACCGCGAGUUCGAGCGGCUCAUCGGUAAGUAUGACGAGGACGUGGUGAAGGAGCUCAUGCCGCUGGUGGUGGCCGUCUUGGAGAAUCUGGACUCGGUGUUCGCGGAGAACCAGGAGCACGAAGUGGAGCUGGAGCUGCUGAAGGAGGACAACGAGCAGCUCAUCACCCAGUACGAGCGGGAGAAAGCUCUGAGGAAGCACGCGGAGGAGAAGUUCAUUGAGUUCGAGGACACUCAUGAACAAGACAAGAAGGACCUGCAGAGCCAUGUGGACAGAAUGGAAUCCCACUCUAGACAACUGGAACUCAAGAUCAGGAACUAUGCUGACCAGAUCAGCAGGUUAGAAGAGCGCGAGAUCGACCUCAAGAAGGAAUACAACUCCCUUCAUCAACGCCACACAGAGAUGAUCCAUAAUUAUAUGGAGCAUGUAGAGCGGAUCAAAAUGCAGCAGGCUAGUGAGACGUCUGAGUCAAGCAGCGUUGGCCGAGUACGAAGAGACCGUCCUCUUUCAUUGGGCAUCUUUCCAUCAUCUGGUGGGGCAUCUCUGCUGAUUCCAGAGGCACAGACUCUUGCAGAGACACCAAGCACAGAGGGCUGGAGGUUCACAGACACAGCACAACCUCGCUCCAACACAAGCAUCCAGCAGGACUUUGCCUACCCCACAAAGGAAAAGGAUGGUAAGAGUGUGCAAGACUCUACUUGGGGCAGUUCACUGGCUGACGACUGCAAGGAGGAGAUGUCGGACUUCACUGGCUCUAAGUCGGCCACUCCAAUGUCCUUGACCGCUUCAGAUGUGGAGAGGGAGGAUGGUACCAGUAAGAGCACAGAGGUGCAGGCGGCUCCAGGGACUAGGUCGAUAUCAGUCGGUUUACCUGAAAAUGAGGACAGCUCAGACGUGAAAGACAUCAUCGAGUCCACCCCUGAACUUGAUAUGGAUCUGACUGGCUACAAGGGAUGCAGCACCCCAACUAAAGGCAUUGAGAACAUGGCGUUUGACCGCAACACAGACUCUCUGUUUGCAGAGCUGUCGUCUACAGGGGCAGGUGUCAUUGGGGAUGUAGAUGAAGGUGCUGACCUGCUGGACCUUAGUUUGAUUGGUAUGGGCCGUGAAGUGGAAAAUCUUAUUCAGGAGAACUCGCAACUGCUUGAGACAAAGAAUGCCCUGAACGUGGUAAAUAAAGACUUAAUAUUGCAAGUGGAUGAGCUGACCUGUGAGAAGGAGAUGCUGCAGGGGGAGCUGGAGACUGUGCUCCUGGCCAAGAUGAAGCUGGAUGACAAAAACCGAGAGUUGGAGGAGGAACUUAAAAAAGUGCGACUUGAGAUAGAUGAGGUGCUACAUAAAACAAAAGAAGAAGAAGAUAGCGAUGUACCCACAGCCCAAAGGAAACGCUUCACCAGGGUGGAAAUGGCCCGAGUGUUGAUGGAACGGAACCAGUACAAAGAGAGACUGAUGGAGUUACAGGAAGCAGUGCGGUGGACAGAAAUGAUCCGGGCUUCAAGAGAAAAUCCAUCUCUCACAGAGAAAAAGAAAUCCAGCAUCUGGCAGUUCUUCAGCAGACUCUUUAGCUCCACCUCCAACACCCCUGCCAUAAAGAAGAUGGAGCCUCAGUCCAACGUAAAAUACAACGCUCCGGGCACCCUGGUGAAACGAAGCAGCACAUUCUCUCAGUUCCCUACGGAGAAGUCCAAAACCUUCGACUUCCUCAAUGAAGACAAAGAUCAGUGCAGUUCACCAUCACGCAAAGAGCAGAAGCGAGCCCAGUACAGACAGGUCAAAGCUCAUAUGCAGAAAGAUGACGGGAGAAUCACUGCACACGGCUGGAGUCUUCCAAGCAAGUACAAGGGGACUAAUGGUGGACAAACGGAAAACAAAAUGAACCUGCCAGUGCCCGUAUAUUUGAGACCUUUGGAACACAAGGAUGCUUCUUUGAAGCUAUGGUGCGCUGCGGGGGUCAACCUUUUCGGGUGUAGGACGUCAAUCCAGUCUGAGCUCCCAAAGCAGAUGAAGGGCUCUCACAGUAGCCUGGAUCAUUUGGAGCAAGAAAACAAGGAACAAGAUAAAGUUGAGCAAAAGGAGGAUCUGAUUCUUCAGGAUGAAAUGUCUAGUCGUGUGUGGGUGUGCACCAGCACCCACUCUUCCACCAAGGUCUUAGUUGUGGAUGCUGCUCAGCCGUCGGACCUUAUUGACAGUUUCUACGCCUGCAACACCCACAUCGUCUGCAUUGCCAGUGUGCCAGGUGUGUCAGAGUCCGAUUACCCCGCAGGCGAGGAAGUACCUCAGGAUGUGGACUCAAGCCAGGGUGACGUGGUGUCUCUGGCUGGCAGCGUGGCCAGCGUGGGCUCAGCAGGCAGUGACAGCGCCCUGGCGGCUGAGGGGACCACCGCCAUACCCCAGACGGCCAGCAUAGGUGUUUUUGACCAGCCAGCAGAGCACAGUGCCAUCUCUAGCUCAGCUGAGUUGUCCAGGCAGACAAGCCCAGCAGAGGUUCCCACUGCAGAAGAGGCGACCGAAGCAACAGAGGCAGAUGCUGGCGUGAGUGAAGAGGGAGAUGAGGAUCACGUAGCCGAUGAAAGCCAGCCAGGAAUCUACACAGAGCAUGUUUUCACUGACCCAUUGGGAGUAGGGAACACUGAGUCCUGUUCUACUAACGUCCUAAGUACAGAACAUAAACCUACACAUCAGCAUCCUGUAUCUGGGGCAAUCAUUUUCAGUGACUCUACAACAUCCUUGCCUGAUGACUCAGACCCUUCAGUUCUGGAGGUCAAGAGGAUGAGCAGUGCCCUUCCCACCAUGUGGCUGGGAGCCCAGAAUGGAUGUCUGUAUGUCCACUCAUCGGUGGCACGAUGGAGGAAGUGUCUUCAUGCCAUCAAGUUGAAAGACUCUAUCCUCAGCAUAGUGCAUGUUAAAGGCAGAGUCAUGGUAGCACUUGCGGAUGGGACUUUGGCAAUUUUCCACAGAGGCCUUGAGGGACAGUGGGACCUGACAAAUUACCACUUGCUGGAUCUGGGACGGCCCCAUCACUCAAUCCGCUGCAUGACCGUCGUCCACGACAAGGUGUGGUGUGGCUACAGGAAUAAGAUCUACAUCAUCCAGCCCAAAGCCAUGAGGAUAGAGAAGUCGUUCGACGCACACCCACGCAAAGAGAGCCAGGUCCGGCAGCUGGCCUGGGUUGGAGAUGGUAUUUGGGUGUCCAUCCGACUGGAUUCAACUCUUAGAUUGUUUCAUGCUCACACCUAUCAGCACCUCCAGGAUGUGGACAUUGAACCCUAUGUUAGCAAGAUGCUCGGUACAGGAAAACUGGGCUUCUCUUUUGUGAGAAUUACAGCUCUUGUGGUGUCCUGCAAUCGACUCUGGGUGGGAACUGGAAAUGGCGUCAUCAUCUCUAUUCCAUUGUCUGAAGCCAACAAGACGUUUGGAAAUGCUCCAAAUCGGCCAGGCAGUGCCGUACGGGUAUACAGUGACGAUGGAGCAGAUGGCGUCCUGCCAGUUACCUUUGUGCCGUACUGUUCCAUGGCUCACGCCCAACUCUGCUUCCACGGACAUCGAGAUGCCGUCAAGUUUUUUGUCACUGUGCCAGGCCAGGCAAUGCCACCUCCAGGUACUGCUGAUUCAGGUUCUGAUGACCCUCCAUCGGAAUCCUCAGACACAAACCCCACGGAGCCCAAAACGUACUUGGUGAUGAGUGGAGGAGAAGGCUACAUUGACUUCAGAAUGGGUGACGAAAGCGGAGAACUGGACGGCGUGUCCGAAUCCACGUCCGGCCAGCAGUCGGCGCCAACCAAGGCUGAGCGGAGCCACCUUAUCGUCUGGCAGGUGGCGACCUCUGUUGAUUGAAACCACUUCUACACAUGGACCACCACUUUUGCCCCCUGCAUGCGUGACUUUAGUUUUUUAAAUAUUUCCUUCACUACUUUAUAAAAAAAAAAAAAACAUUUAUUUUAUAAUUAGCGUUUUUGUACAGUAUGUUCCUAAAGGAAAUAGGGAUGUUUGCGUCCAGGAGGUUGGAGACACUGUGGCGAGUAGUGUGGACAAUUUUAAAGGACAACGCCAUUUCACGCUGGAGGACGCUUGAGGCAUUUUUUGCAGACAUGGAAGAAAAAAAGGGAUUAUCUAAGGUAUUAUUUCAUAUUUACACAUGACAAAACUUUAACGUUUGUAUACCACACGUCUCAGUGUCAGAGCUCAGGUGUGCGCGCGUGUGUGUGUGUGUGUGUGUGUGUGUGUGAGCAUCUCAGUUCACUGCAGGACCUAGAGUUUAGGCAUGUCUUGUUCUUCCCAUUUCAAAGUACAAUUUGUUACCCUAAUGCCAUCUUGGCGCCUUUUCCGCCUGUUGACAAUAGGACCAAAGUGUGCUGCGUUCUGAAAAUGUACUUAAUUUGUGAGUUCCGCCGUACAAUAUAGCUAUCAAAAAAAUAAUUACAAUUAUUUUUCCAAGAUAGAUCAUUAAAAGUCGGGAUGGAUGUACUAAUACACUGGAAGAAACUGAGUCAAAGUUAAAUUACCAAUGAUUGUCACAUAUACCCUAGGUGUGGUGAAAUUAACCUCUGCAUUUGACCCAUCCGCUUGUUCCACCCCCUGGGAGGGGAGGUGAGGGGAGCAGUGAGCAUCAGCGGUGGCCGCGCCCGUUAAUCAUUUUGGCAAUCUAACCCCCAAUUCCAACCCUUGAUGCUGAGUACCAAGCAGGGAGGUAAUGGGUCCCAUUUUUAUAGUCUUUGGUACGACUCGGCCGGGGUUUGAACUCACGACCUACCGAUCUCUAUCACAAUGCCACUGAGCAGGUGCAGCGCUUAGUUGCAACCAGCUCUAUUUAGUAUGUGUGUAAUCUAAAAAUAUUUAGAGAAGAUACAACAAUCAGCAGUUAUAUUUCCAAUUAGGUGCUCAACAAAAUUGUUUAUCCAGUUGAUGCACAGAUGAGUGCUUACAAACUGCGAGUCGUGCACGUAGGCCUGGGCGAUAUUUCGAUUUUGUCGAUAUAUUGGAGGUUUUUACUAUUGCAGACGAUUUAAACCCCAAACAUCGAUUUUUUUCUUCUUCUUGCUCCGACAUACUUUUAUCCCCUCAGCACCUUCUGUAGUUUGCACCACCCCCUUACUUCCUUAUUGGCACUAGCAAAACAUAGCUUACACUAACGCUGACGAGAGCGAGACUUGAGUUCCAAAGAAAAGACAAUCGUUGUCACCGCUUUUGGUUUGGCGGCAACAGGCUUAGAACAAGUGACUGCACGUUGCAAAGUUUGUUUCAAAAAGAGAGCAGCACAACAAACUAAUGGUUGCAUCUGGAACCGAAGCCUCCGGUUGAGUGCGGGAAAUACAACUCAAGGCAAAGAAGACUGCAUUAACAAACGUACUACGGCUUAAAAAAUGCAUCUUAUUGUGAUGGAAUCGUUUCCACCAGGUAUGUAUGAUGAGGAAGACGCACAAUGCGUAGAGCGAUCACCAAAUCAGUGACUCUGCACAUCGCCUAGAUCAGGGGUGUCAAACGUACAGCCCGUGGGCCGGAUCAGGCCCACGAACAGGUUUUAUCCGGCCCGAGAGAUGAGUUUGCCAAGUAUAAAAAUUAGCCAAAAUUUUAGAAUGAAAUAAACUGCUGCUCUAAAUGUGUCCACUAGAUCUCGCAAUAGCAAUUUUUUGUAUCUUUGUAGAUAAUGCUACUUAUGUAAAAAAACAAACCCCAUGUUAGUGCACCAAUCAAGGAAAAUGAUCACACUACAUAAAUAACAUCCUGUAAUUUGAUUUUGAUAUUUUUUUUAUCUUGAUAGAUUGAAAAUUAACACAAUGAAUUGACUGAGGAACAUUAUCACAUCAUUUAUUCAGAAAGUAUAAUUAACAACAAAUAAAGAUAGAAAUCUAUUAACCGCAACAUGUAAGUGUAAAAAACCCCCAACAACAUUAUGAUUUGUACAUUUCCAGAAUGUGCUUGUUCUAUUUUUAAACAAAGAAAACAAUCUGAAGUUGUCUUUAUUUUCAAGUUAUCGCGCCGGGAUGUUACCAGUCCGGCCCACUUGAGAGUAGAUCAUUCUCCAUGUGGCCCUCGAUAUAAAAUGAGUUUGACACCCCUGGCCUAGAUGUUUGAAUGAAAAAUCCUGCUUUUAUUACGAAAACUAUUAUAGUCUUCUAAAUGUUUUGAUUGAUUAAUUAUUUGCAUACAUCGUAUAAUACUACAUUUUUAUUUACAGAAAUAUUUUAUUCAUACAGUUAUUUUAAGUUUGUACUUCACUGAUCGCAAUGUUGGAGAUUAUUUAUUUGCAUGUAAUGUGCGAUGUAACAUUUUUGUUAACAGAAAUAUUUUAUUCAAGACCAAAGUAUUGCCAGAGGAAGCUCAUUAUUUAUUUUUUUUUAAUUCCAUAAAAAUUACAAUUCAUAUAUAAUCUAAAAAAAAAAUUACACAAAUCAGAAUUUGCCAAGAGUAAGAUGCAUUGUCAUUUCAAACUACUAGUUUUGAUCAAAUAAUAAAAAAAAAAGAAUGUUUUGGAAUAUCUCUGUCAUUUGAUGGUUUCUUUAAAAAGUAGGGAGAAAAAAAAUCGGGAAAAACGUAAAGCAGUAAGAUUUUAUUUGUACUCCCAAUCGCCCAGGCCUUGGUGCACAUGAAAUGAACUUUUGUUCGAGUUUUAUUUUGGCAAAGUGUAUUCUUUAGAUUUGUUUACUGGUCAACUUUUAUUGGUGAACCAGCGUCCAAGACAUUCCCGUGUGUGCGUGGGAUUUUGUUUUUGUGUGAGUGUGUGAGUCUGCUCUGCAAAUCUAAGUCGUUUCCAUUUGUGUGAGGGGAUUUACGUGCUUCCUCUUCUUGUUUCAUCAACACUUUAUCAUGUUGAGAUUAGAUGAGUUUUCACAGAUAAGGCGUGGCAUACAUCAGUAAACCGGGCCCACAGAAAAUAAAAUACAGUUGGGGCUUCCCCCGAACCCCCGAAAAACUGUUUUACUGGAUGAUAUUUUCUGGUGUUUCCUGAACAAGGGGUGUUCCGAUACGAUAAUGAUAUCUGUUCGAUAUCAGAAAAAAGAUCAUUAUUGGAUAUGGAACUUUCCAAUACAAGCAGUCCUACAGCCAGUUAACAACUAAAUGUCCUCCAAUAAAAACACAAGAUUACUCUUAUACUUUAGUCAAGUCAUUUAGGUUAUAGGCUAUUAGGAGGGAGCAGCUACACGACAGCUAAGCACACAAUAGCACUUAAGUUAGACGUACAAAACGUGUCCUUAAUUGAACAAUAUUGUUGUUUAAAACAACACAUUUGUCAAUAUACCAAGUAGUCAUAGUUGCAUAUUACUUACACAUACAAAGUAUCUGGUUACAAACGUGUCCGCAUCAAUCAUUUUAUUGCGUCACAAGCUUAACUUCAUGGACUAUUGUGGCCAUUAGGUGUCACCAAAAAAAAAAUGACCACUACUCUUCAAUUUAAAGACAACAUGAUUCCAUUCUAGUCCAUUUUAAGAAUACAUUGGUUAGUGUUUUUCAUACAUACCAUUGUUCUCUGAGUAAUUUCAUUUGAUCUAACCUUUUGUAGCAAUUUCCCACGGCAAAAUAAAGUAUGUACAUUUCCUGCUGAUAUCGUAUCGGAUCAAAACAGGUACUGGCCAUUAACCCACGUGCCAUCGGAAGUAGAAAAAAAGCUGUAUCAGGACAACCCUGAUUGGAAAUAAAAAAUAUGUUUUCUUAAGCUCACCCGCUAAGGUUUGUUUCACAGGUUUGAAAAAUAAGAUUUGCUUUAUUUUUCUCAAGCUGCUGUGCGUCCCACUUUUAGAAUCUUUGGCUUGAUUAGAAGAACAAUAACCCAACCUACAGCUCUUAUGUGCCAAUAAUGCAUGGGCCCUGAAAAGGAAGUAGAACGACUACUAGCAUCAAGUAAAGGUUGAAUAGGACGUUUUGGCCAUGUGUAAUAUUUGAGUGUGUCAACAUUAUUGAGGAAUUUUUUGUUGUUUAUUUUUUUUUUCCUGAAUCCGUCUUUUAAAUUUUGGAAGUAUUUCAAGAGACCAAGUUUGGUCAUUGUUCUAUCAUUUUGUCUUCUUACCAUUCCAGUAUUUAUUUGCUUUGUAUAAGAGCCUACCUUGGUUCAGAAUGUAACUUUUUAAGAAACCAGGCUUUUUAUUGGUAACGAUGAGUUUACAUGAUUGUUCCUUUUAAAGCAUUAAAAGAAAGCGUUUUGGCUAGCCACCGGAUCAAAUUUUAAUUUUAAAAUGACUAAAGAGUUUGAUGUUCUAAAGCUAUGCAUGUUUUUUAAGACCACACUGCAAUGUUGGUGUGUAUGUGGAAGAGUUUGAAAGCAAAACACAUAUGUCCGCCCGUUUGUUUGUGGGUGGCUGAUUUUUAAAAAAAUGUUUUAUUUCCUAUCGUGUUUGCACUUUGUGUGUUUCCAUCUGUAAAAAAAAAAAACAUUUCUGAAUGCCAUAACAGUUUUCCUCCCGGUCAGUGUUUUUGAAAUGAACAUCAUAGCCUUAUUUUUAACGAUCUAUUAAACUCACCAAAAUCAA